CCAAGCUCAAUCUUCAGCCUCGCCAUGGAGGUCUUUGCCGUCGCCACAGGCGGCAUGGCCGUCUUGUCACUAUCUAUACAGCUUGUACAGUCUGUCAAUUCGAUCAUAACCUUUAUCCAUGACGUUAAAGAUGCCCCGGACGAGCUGGUGCGACUGGGGAAGAAGCUAGAGUUGUUGAGCACACUGCUCGAAGAUGUACGCAACCUCAUGGAACGGCAGUCUUCACUGCAAGGACAUAAUUUCCCGGCCCCUUCCAUGACGAUCUUCAGCUGUCUUCAGAGCUGCGAGGAAUCACUUCGCCCACUUCAGGACUUGAUGGCGAAAUACCAGACACCGAAAACGCAUGCAAACUCGACGAUGGUUAAGGUGGCUCGAUGGAAAAAAGACAUCGGCGUAGCCUUCAAAGUGAAGAGUAUCGAUGGGUUUGAAGUGCGCAUCCAGCAAGAGAUCAACAGCCUUCAGUUUGCCUUGAAUAUGAACAUGACUAGUAUCAUGAUAACUACGCUUCCCGUCAUCCAGGAGAAUCAGCACUCGCUCAUGACGAUCCACUCCAAACCCCCACAAACCUUGCCCAUAAUCCAAGCCUCAUCGAUCACUUCCGUUGGCCGUCGAGAUACUCCCUCCUCGACAACCUCGCAGAUGCGAGUUUCACGACGGAGCUAUUGGGUGCCCUCCGCUCUCGAAAGACUUGGCCUGUACCAGCGGAAAUCAAUACGGUGUAUCCAAUCUCCAGACAAAACAGUAUGUCGGAGACCAAGAGGUCGUUGUGAAGAAAUCAUAUACGAAGAAUACGAAUACAUCGUAGCAUGGAAGCUUCUAGGAUACGGAAUGACUUGGAGGCAACAACGACCGUACGGUAGCAUCGUUCCAUCACUGAGCGUAUAUCCAGUAUUGGACACGCAUUGGGCCGAUAACUCCGUUUGGGAUUUAAUACGGAGUGGGAGUAUCCAAGAAAUCCAGCAGAUGUUCAGUUCCGGUGCACUUCAUCCUUUCACACGGGAUGCAAAUGGUGAAUCUUUGCUCCACUUGGCCGCCUACAAAACUAGGCCCGACGUUUGUCGCCUGCUGUCUGAUUAUGGAUUAAAGCCUGACCUUUCACACUCAGGAGCAUCUCCUUUUACGGAGGCUUUAGAGGGUGGGAGUAGUCCAGACCAUGAGAUCUUCCGAUGUCUUCUACUUGAACUCGAUCAGGUCGAUGAUUUCGAGGACGACAAUUGUAGGAUUUUGGGGUAUUAUCCUGCGUAUACAAGCUUUGAAGCAUUGGAAUGGCUUUGGAUCAACAGCGCAACGGUGUUUUUCGGCUCGGAUCUGCGAAUAUUUCGAUCGCAGUUGUUCCAGGCCCUUGUGUAUUGUUACGCCGAACGCGAAGGGGAAGAAGAAUUAAUAACCCAAUUCCUGGUCGCCUACAUGGAGUCUGACGUAUUGGAAGCAUAUCUGGAAGGGCAAUAUGAACUGAUCAAAUCAAUUUUUCUGUUCGGGGAUGAUGCCUUUGAUAGUCGUAGAGUAGGGGACGUGUUCAUCGACCUUUUGGUACGCUUGGGGCUUGAUGUCGAGGCUUGCAUCAAGAAAGAGCUCGAGCGCUUACCUGGUGGAGUUAUAGAAGAUUGGCCUAACGAUAAGAAAGUCGUGUUCGAGCAUUACGGUGAGCGAGGGUGGAUCUUAGAAUGGGAGUGGGGAUACGAUGAACUUGCAACGGGCUACUCUGUGGUUUCUGAGUACAACAUCCUGACGGCGGGAACAUACGUGGUACCUCAGUGGCCGUUUAGGGACAGAUAUGCCGAUGAAAAAAGAGAAGAGGAAGAUGAAGACGAAGAUGAAGACGAAGAUGAAGACGAAGAGAUCAAAUGGGAGAAAACGUGGGAACGAAGAAAACGAAGGGAGCAACUCAGACCAGGACGAUUCGAACGUCGUAUGGCCGCCAAAGCCCGCAAAGAGCGCGCACGAUCAGGCCAGAAACGGCCGCGAAGCCGAAUGCCGGGGUCGUGGGUUUGACAAACGAUGUCCUGUUAUCCAUCGUUCCAUUGACUUGCUGGGUCCGACAGCAAACAGGAAUCUUGACUGCCUCCUUUCAGAAGGACCACUAGAAACGUUCGCCUUUGAAAUUCAUGUCCGCUUUCGCACAAGCAUCAUCACCUCGUGGAGACAAGGCUUCAAACAUCGACUUUGUUGCCGGCCAAUGUUUUCGAGCGUUCAGACUCGCGUGGAAAGGCUUUCCUAUACCGCCGCUCCAGCGUGUGUUCAAACGAGAAUUGGUACGUUGUAAAUGAUGAGAGAGCGAACUUUUGGGGAUCAAACUGCGGAGAAAAUAUAGUCCCUGCUGUUCGAUCCGAUUGUUAUUCGGGGCCAGAUUCUGAUAUGAGCAGAGCGUUUUAGGCUGGGCAAGGGACUGGAAAUGUUUGAGUUCUUUUGUGUACAUUUCGUAAUAGUUUCUUCUCCCUGGGUCUGGUCCGUAUUUGAAUACGAAA